AUGGCGGGCAACGCUGGCUACGACAGACAUAUCACCAUUUUUUCGGAGCAGGGACGGUUGUACCAAGUCGAAUAUGCCUUCAAGGCUAUCACUGCCGCCAAUAUCAUGUCGAUUGGUGUCCGGGGCAAGGACUGCGCUGUUGUCCUGUCGCAGAAGAAAGUUCCCGAUAAACUCAUUGACCCUUCCUCCGUCACCCACAUUUUUCAGAUCUCGCCUUCGAUCGGCUGCGUCAUAACUGGUUCCAUUGCAGAUGCGCGCGCGUGGGCGCAACGCGCUCAGUCAGAAGCUGCAGAGUUUAAGUACAAGUAUGGUUAUGAGAUGCCAUGCGAUGCUCUGGCCAAGCGCCUGGCCAACAUCAGCCAGGUUUACACACAACGGGCGUACAUGAGGCCCUACGGUAUUGCGACGACGCUCAUAGGCAUGGACGAGGAGUUUGGCCCUCAGCUUUUCAAGUGCGACCCGGCCGGUUACUACAUCGGGUACAAGGGGACAGCCGCUGGUCCCAAGCAGCAAGAAGCUAUCAACCAUCUUGAGAAGAAGCUAAAGAACAAGGACUACGCGCCAGGCGACUGGAAGGAGGUGGUCGAGCUUGCUAUCACUACGCUGAGCACCGUACUGAGCAUGGACUUCAAGAAGACCGAAAUCGAGAUCGGCAUCGUUGGUGGCCCGCGCCCGGACGGUAAGCCGGGGACAUAUCGGGGGUUUAGGACGUUGACGGAGGACGAGAUCGACGAGAGGUUACAGGCGAUCGCGGAGAAGGACUGA